AUGACCUCUACUAGAGGAAUCGAUUCAGUCAAGCAAGAAAAUUUUGAGGCAAAAAGCAAAGAGAGGUUGUUGUCUCGAAAAGGGUACUCUGAAUUCGGGUUCAACAACUCCCAAUACGGAGAUGAUGAAGGUGGCAGUUCCGAUGUCAGGUGUGGGUGUUUCCGAUCACUUUCCGAUAGGAUCGUCGGAUUUUGCAAUGGGGUCCCUCGAGUUUUCGCCGAUCUUUACAAAAUGGGGAGUACGAAUCCGAGGAAGGUGUUCUUCGCGAUUAAAUUGGGUCUCUCUCUGGCCACUGUUUCCAUGCUUAUGAUCCUGAGAAGACACUUGAACGAUGUCAGCCAGUAUUCCAUAUGGGCUAUUAUCACCGUCGUAGUGGUCUUUGAGUUCACUGUAGGUGGCACAUUGAGCAAAGGAUUGAACCGUGGCCUGGGCACAUUUUCAGCCGGGGCGCUUGCCCUAGGAAAUGCAGAGCUGUCUGUGUAUUUCGGCAAGUACCAGGAAUUAGCUAUCAUAAUCAGCAUCUUCAUUGCUGGAUUCUGUGCCAGCUAUGCAAAACUGUAUCCACCCAUAAAACGGUACGAGUACGGAUUCCGAGUGUUCCUGCUAACAUAUUGCAUAGUGCUGGUAUCUGGAAUCGAUUCGUCCUUCUUUCGAACUGCGAUUUUCCGGUUUCUGUUGAUUGGCACCGGUGCGGGUGUAUGUUUGCUUGUGAACAUAUGCAUAUACCCGAUUUGGGCAGGCGAGGAUCUCCACAAGUUGGUGGUGAAGAAUUUGAGAGGCGUGGCUGCUUCGUUGGAAGGCUGUGUGAAUGGUUACUUGCAGUUAGAGGCGUGCUUGGAGUAUGAGAGGAUCCCUUCGAAGAUACUGGUAUACCAAGCAGCGGCGGAUCCAGAACACAGAAGUGCACUGGGCCGCAUUUUAUUAGAAAAUUAG